GCCCACUAUACAUAUCACCUUUCGUCCUCUUCCCCCUCUCUUAUCCACGGUCGUUCUCUUUCUCUUCUUUCUCUAGAGUUUCUCCCGACUUGACUCCCAGAGAUUAAAAUGGCGUCCCCUUCGCCUACCAUCGCAAAAGCGAAAUCCCGAGGUGGUAGUGGACCCCUCCUUAAGGCCAGCUCCGGUAACAAUCCCGCCACAAUUCGCCUCAAAGUCGUUGUUCGCCAUCUCCCAAGUUUGAUAAAGGAGGAUGAGUUCAAGGGUGCAAUGGCGGAAUACAUAAACGAGGAAACUGUAGAAUGGGCUUCUUGGGUUCAGGGAAAGAUACCGGAGGAACGUACAAAAGCACCCAAAGAUUCACGAUGCGUCAUCAAGUUCAAGAACCCUCUACAAAUCACCGCUCUUAGCGAGGGACUGCGCCUACAUGGCCCUUUUACCGAUAGCAAGGGGAACACAACCAACCCUCAAAUGGAAUACUCUCCAUUCCAGAAAGCUCCAAAGAGAUCGGUACGUAUCGAUGCCCGCGCCGGCACUAUCGAGUCCGACCCCGAUUUCAUAGCAUUUGUGGCAUCAUUAAAGGCUGCUUCUACACCUACCCCCAUAACCGAUGGAAUUACUACCCAUACGUCUACCAAUGUUCAGCCCGGCGAAGUGGUCAGCACACCAACUACUAUACCAGCGAACGACCCAUUAUCGGUUCCCCUGCCUGUGGUUGAGAAACUUGACAAACCAAAGACAACCCCACUAAUCGAGUAUCUCCGGAUGCACAAGAAUGGAAGUUCCGAUAAAUCUAGUUUGAGCAAGGCAAGCCUCAAAACUGAAAAGCCAAAUAAAGAAUCCUCAUCCACAAAGCGCGAAAAGCGGAGACUCGAGAAAUCCCGUGCCAAGGGCAAGGAGAGGGACCCCCGCAUCGAUGAAAAGGAUGAAUGGGCCAUUAAACGAGCUGUCCAAGCCAUUGAUAUGGAAGCCGCUACCAUCCUGAAGCGCGAGAACCCCAUCGGAGGCCCGCUGUCUCGACAGAGCACCAGCACUACGAUCCUAUCGCGACAGAAUUCCGGAAUUUCUGGUACUCUAUCAAGACAAAAUUCGGGAUUAUCCGGCAGUCUCUCCAGACAAAACUCGGGUCAACCAGGAACGUUGACGAGGCAAGGGAGCAACCCCGCCGGCAACAGUUCGAGGUUGGAGAAAGGGCAAUCCCAGGAAAAGGAGAAGGGUCGUGAACGCCGCAGAGACAGAGGGGGUGUUUCCAGUGUUGCAGCAAUUCUUCAACGCGAUCUCGGCAUCAUUACCUCCACAAGACGCUCUAGCAACGCGGCAAAAACGCCUUCCACAAUUGAAACAUCUACCAGCGCCACCGAUGGUGCCCCAGUGGCUACUGUCACGCCCCCAACACCUGUCAAUCCGGAACCCCAAUCACCCGCACGACCAAGACGGCGUGGUGGCCGUAGUAAUGGCCGUCGGCCGGAGCGCGAAGACAGCAUUGUUUCUAAUUCAUCUGCAACUACGCCCGGGCCCGCAUCACCGCCAGUAGCACCAGUAGCCAUCCUGAAGAAGUUGCCUUCAAACGCGUCCGCCCCUUCGGCGCCGACACCAAUUCCCGAACCAUCGGCAGCACCAGGCCUACUCAAAAGAGAAGGCUCCGUAGCACCACCGACUGGGCCUGCAGCGAGCGUCGCUGGCCCCGAUCGAGACGGCGUGCCUACAGCUCCGAAGGGUAAUGGGCGCCAUCGAAGGGGUGGAGGAGGGCCGCCGCGAGGCGGCGCUAUAUCAGCCGCAGCCCAGGCUUCUUUGGCCAUGGUGGGUGUACCUACUGCGCCGGCGGGUGACUCGCAACAGAAGGGCAGGAAAAAUAGCGGAGGUGGGGGUAGGGGUGGGGGUGGCGGGGGCGGGGGCUUCAGAAGUGGCAGAGGUCGUGGAGGUGGGCCUCCAAAGAGGGGUGGCCCCGCCGACGCAUAAGGUGCAUAAUCUGUUUACAUUUCACACGGCUUUCAUGGAUAUCUUCCUUAAUAAACUCCUUCAGGCCAGGGAGUCAAACCUUGUUGGAGGGGUGGUGCGAAGACGCACAUUAUUUCAUUGUUAGUUACUGAAUCGACUCUAGCCCACUCCUGGUGAGAUUAAUAACCCGGACACUCCCAAAGCGUUGACGAACCUAAGGUAUUUGAGAGUAGGUUAUAGAUUGGUCUGCCGUGUCUUAACUAUAGUACUCGAGAACCCGUUCCUCAAACGUCCAACACUUUCCGAGAGGUGGCGAACCCCCGCCAAAGCCACUUUUUCUGGCUUUUUUCGGUUGCACCGUCGUCACGUGCCCGGGUUCUUGAUCUCACUAGGGGUAUGAUGGUUUUUUCUCUUAUCAAGCUGUAAGCAGACGAUCGCGACAACAAAUCAUAAUCUAUCACUCGC